AUGUCGACAGCCGUGCUAAAGUGUCUCAGCUACGUCGACGGGAUUCAAAUUGUGAACCAGCCCUAUGCGACUGCCUUCUACUAUGGACCCCAAGCGAUACGACCAGAGCCUGAUCCAAAUGACAUAUUUUUGACCAAAGUUCUUGCACUACGUGAGAGAAUCGCCGAAGAAGGUGAAAAGGCAGAAUUGGGGGGGCUUGCUCCGUCUUCCAUGUCCUUUAAGGGGAUCCGGGAUGAGAUCUUACAAGCCUCUUAUCCCGACAAGAAAUUUUUGCUUUGUCGAGAUCAGGCUCAGUACCUCGACGGCCGUUACGACUUGCUGCCUCGUGGAUUCAAGUACAGCUUCCUCAUUCGCCAUCCUUACAAGGUGUUCCGCUCUUGGAAGAAGCACCUCACUGUUAUCAUGGGCGAUUUUCCGGACAUGCGUGCCUUGCCUUCGCUUAUAUUUCCUCCGGGAAGGGGCUUCAAAGAACUGUUCGAAUUGGUGCAGCACGUCAAGGAGAACAUCGACCCUCAUCCUGCCAUCUUGGACGCCGACGAUCUGCUGCAGGAUCCGGCAGGGAUCUUGUCCACGUACUGCGCUAGGAUGGGAAUGCCGUACUCUAGCAAGCUCCUGUACUGGGAACCGGGAGAUGAAAUCACCAAUACGUGGAUCAUGUGUAAGGUUCUGUCAGUGUCGAACGGUUUAUUGGACUUCUACAAGCACGCUUUCGAGAGCAAACGAUUCGACAAGCCAGGCCCUGUCCCAGAUCCAGCAAGCCUCGCGGAAGAUGUGCGGGCCUGCGCUGAGGAGAGCAUGAAGUAUUACGAAAGUCUGUAUCGUGAGAGAAUCGUAGCAUCCCCACAGAGUGAGGGUUAAUUGCGAGUAUUUUUGCCACCACGGGCUUGGUCCAGUCCACUGUUUGCGGUCUUGACGAUCCCAUCUUGUACCAAUUUUAGUAGAACCGUCAAGGAAAGAUUGUCUUGAAAUACUACGUAUCAGUGGAAAUGUAGUAUUGACCGACAAAACUAACCACA